AGGGGUGAGGAAGCGCAUGCAGCGCCACGCGUCCCUACGCUUCGUGCACAACAGGCUUCCAUCCAGCCAACCACAUCCAAGUGGAUCUGCUUUGAAGUUUGUGGUCAUGUGAGAAGGUAGACCAUGGGUGCGGGUGGUGGCGAUGGGAGCUGGUGGGCAGCUGGAAGCAGCGGAGCCUUUGUGGCCAAGGGGCAGAAAAAAGGAUUCUUUUUCACCAUUUACUCAGAGAUCAGAGUACGGGAAGAAAUCAGGCCAACGCAGUGCUGAAGCCGCAGCCAAGCCACCUCCCUUUGCUCCAUGAGCUUGAGCAGCAAGGAGAGGGGGAGAAACGGGAGCAAAAAGGUUUUUGGGGGUGGAACUGUUUGGGCAGAAUCAGCGUUCCAAGCCGGGAGGUGGCUCCUGUCCCCUUCCUCCCCCUCUUGCUCAGAGCAGAAUCUCCAAACCCAGCAGCAGCUCCCACCCCAUCUUCAGACUGGGGGUCCUUUCUUGGGGGUCUUUCCCCCAAAGGGCUUCUGCUGGGUGCCCGUUCGAGCCCUGCAGGGUUUUGGUCACCAGGUUUCACUACAGCUCUUGGGGUGGCGUUGAGGGACUCGCUGCAACAAGGACUUUGGCUUUGGAGGCUGCGUGUGUUGCACAGCGAGGAGUCAGUGGGGUUUGGCAGAGAGCAGAUGGAGGUGGGCACUGAAGCGACGCAGUAAACAGAGCUGUGCUUCCUGCCCAGCUGCAGCAAGGGGAACCGGGGUGCCUGCAGUGCUGGGGGUCCCCAGUUUGAGUAGCAAAGGCAGGUUUGGGUGGGAUCUCAUCCAGAAAUCUGCCUACCCAGAGGAAAUUCGGGAGACGGGAUGGGCGUAGAAGGGUUUGUAUCCAUAGGUCCUGGUUGAUGCUCCAAAGCAUGCUGUCCCAUAUGGGGUGGGCAUGCACAGCACUUGUCAUCCCACCUGGAAUUUCUUAUGCGUGUUUGUCCACAUGGGCUCAUCAUACGUGGGUUUGUCCUGCACAGAUUUGUCCAAGUCUUUGUACUACGUAGGCUUCUCCACGUGGGUUUGUCCUGUAUGGGUUUGUCCCACAAGGGCUUGUUUGUCCUACAUGGGUUUGUCCUACAAGGGCUCAUCCUACAUGGGGUUGUCCUAUAUGGGUUUGUCCUUCGUGGGUUUGUCUUACACGGUUUUGCCCUCCACAGGCUUGUACAAAGUGGGUUUGUCCUACAUGAGUUUGUCCUGCAUGGGUUUGUCCUACACAGGGUUGUCCUACACAGGUUUGUCCUGCAUGGGUUUGUCCUACACAGUCCUACAUGUCCUACAUGUUCUUGUCUAUGUGGGCUUGUCAUACAUGGGUUUGUCCUACACAGGUUUGUCCUACACAGGUUUGUCCACACAGGUUUGUCCACACAGGUUUGUCCUACGCAGGUUUGUCCUACAUGGGUUUGUCCUACACGGGCCCUUGUCCACUCUCUCAGGCCCCUUCUCCUAUCCUACAGGUGGGAUCCCAACAGACGGGAACAGCACCAGUAACAGCACAGGCAGCGGGUGCUUCGGGCUGUGGCAGCACCCACGCUACAUGGCUGCCAAGAAGAACACGCCUGUCCACUUCAUCUGCUACACCCGUCAGCCCCACGCCAUGCAGUGGUACAAAGCGCCGGCGGAUGGAGAGGAGUUCCAAGCACUGGAUCAGAGCUCCGAUCGCUUCAGCAUCAAGAGUACAAACGAUUACAUCAACUUCACCAUCUUCAGGAUCAGCUACGAGGACAACGGCAUCUACGUGUGCGACAGCAAGAACCUCACGGAGGAGAAGAGGCAGCCCUACUUGUGUGGGACGGAGCUCAGAGUCAUGAGUCGCAGCAACAUCCAGCAGAUCCAGAACAGGAACACGCUGAAGGACACCAUCAUCAUCAUCCAGACCAUCCUGCUGGUCAUCUUCAUCAGCGUCCCCAUGCUCCUCUUCCUAGAAAAGGGUGACGGAAAGGAAAGCCCCGAGGAAGACCACACCUAUGAGGGCCUGGAGGUGGAGCAGAUUGCCACCUACGAGGACAUCACUCCUUUCCGGGACAUGAAGGCCAAAUGGACAGUUGGGGAGCACCCAGGAGAGGAGUGAGGGGUGCUGCCCCCACCACCAGGAUGGCAUCAGCAGCACCACCCCAUGGCAGCACCACACUGGUGCCACCACGGACCUGCAAGGACUUGGUGCCACCACCUCCAGCUGCCUUGUACAGAGCUCAGGUCCUGCUGCCUCUCAGCUCUUGCUUGGUCGCAUCCAAGCUGCGCAAGCGAGACUGUCCUGCCCUGGCUGCUGCCCAUCCUGCCCCACUGCUCAACCCCAAAACCCUACAUAGAUAUUAGGAACCAACCUCAGAGCCCAGCAGCCCCAAAUGCCAGGCAGCCCCACACCACGGUGCUGAGCUGUGGCAUUGUUACUGCCACCAAGGUGCUAUGCUGGUGACCCCAUGGACAGACACAAUUCCCCCCCACGCUGCAAGGACCCUGCUGGGCUCUGAGACCCCCCCACAGCCCCGUGCUCCUGGUAGGGGAGCCAUGCAAGCAGCACCGUGGGGCUGGCAGAUCUGGGGCCACUGCGUUCUCUCUCAAGCCACAGACGUGUCCAGUUGGCCAAGCUGGAAGUUGACGAAGUUGGCUGUUGUCUGAGAUGGAGGAUCCUCCACAAGUGCCUUGUUUUAUCCCAUAGACUUGAGGGAAGACCAGGGAGACAACGGGCACACGGAGGGCUUGCUCCUCUCCAGGAGGAGCUGUGUCACAGGGCUGUCCGCCCGGUGAGAACCGAUGGGAAGGAUGUAAAUAGCGGGACGCAAACGUCCAACUGCUCUUUCAAGUCCUAAUAAAGGUGCAGGGUGAAUUCCCACCUUGCACGCCUGCAGGCA